UCGAUGGCAUGAUGCUUGUUCAAGACUUGUCGGAUUGACGAUAUCUCACAGCUAGCCUUGUUGGCUAUCCGAAUGUGUCCUUGGACCAGAAAACUGCGAUUAUCGUCCACGGUAUUCGAGUGCUGCACGUGAUUGUGAUGGUUGCAGCACUGGGAGUACAUAUUGGCGUGAUUGCACGUAGUUGUGCGCAAGGCGAGUCUCCGACUGGGAAAUCAUUUGUAUUUGGAGGGGGGACUUGUAUUCAUGCAGGGUCUCGAGUGCUAAGCGCACUACUAUUGCAUGGAGGUGACGGAACCAUGUUUGGUGGCGACUGUGCCUGUCUUGCCCAUCAUCUGCAAUCUUCGUGGAGCGUCAUGGGGUUUGCCCGAGUCAAGGACAAGCAGGACCAAUCGGCCGUAGAUCGUUCUGUAUGUAGUACAUGCUCCGUACUGUGUUAAGUGUGCGUUGGCGGGGACGGUGGAGGAGCUUCUGGUGGUUGUGCUUGGCACGC